AAAAAUGAUCUCACGUAUAAGAAGAUUUACUUUUUUAUGGGGUGCACUGCUUUUCUUGGUAACUAUAAUAAUGCUGUACAUGAUGCUGGAUACACUGAAUACUUACCCGAGGAGUGGUAGUAUUGAUUCUUAUAUACAACAGAUGCAGCUUAUAGAAAGUAAAAUACAUAAAAUAGAAACAGACAUAGAGUCAAACAAGAAAAUUGUGGGUGAGAUACGACAAGAAAUUGUGGACAUCAUCCAUGGUGGACAAGAUGCAUUUAAAAAACUUCAAGAAUCUUUUGAGGAACCCAAGAAAAGCUCUCCACCAACAACACAAACCAGUGAUCUAGAUAAGGAGUUUGGCAAAGCAAGGAAAGAAGAUGCUUUUGAUGUCUCACCACUCAUUACAGCUGAGUCACUCACAGAGGUGUGCCAUUGGAAUGAUGAAGCAGUUUCUACAGCAAAUAUAAAUGUCCAUAAAAUGUUAGAGGAAAUCCCAUUUGACAAUCCAGAUGGCGGCCCAUGGAAACAGGGUUGGCAAGUUACCUACCCGCCUACUAAAUGGACAGACCAAAAUGUCUUGAAAAUAAUAUUAGUUCCUCAUACACAUUGUGAUCCAGGUUGGAUCAAGACAUUUAGUGAUUAUUACCAAACACAGACCAAGAAGAUUUUAGACAAUUUUGUGCCCAAGCUUGAGCAAAGCCAGAAAUAUAAGUUCAUGUUUUCUGAAAUUUCUUACUUCUCUUGGUGGUGGUCAGAACAAACUCCAGAAAUGAAACAACGAGUUAAAAGGUUAAUAGACAAUGGUCAGUUUGAGAUCUCCACUGGUGGUUGGGUUAUGACAGAUGAAGCUAAUGCUCACUAUUUUGCUAUGCUGGACCAGUUGAUUGAAGGAAAUCAGUGGUUAAACAGAACAUUAAACUACAUACCUCAGUCUGGAUGGGCUGUUGAUCCUUUUGGCUACUCAUCUACGAUGGCUUAUCUCUUGAAAAGGUCCAACUUUAAAAGCAUGUUGAUACAGAGAGUGCACUACUCUAUCAAAAAGUAUUUAGCCAAGUCCAGCAACUUGGAGUUUAUGUGGAGACAACACUGGGAUUCUGCAGCCAAUACUGAUAUCUUCACACACCUGAUGCCUUUCUACUCCUAUGAUAUACCUCACACCUGCGGCCCUGAUCCUGCUAUCUGUUGUCAGUUUGACUUCAGACGUUUACCUGGCAAUGCCUUUAGAUGCCCUUGGAAAAUAGAUCCCGUCCCCAUCUCUGAUGUCAAUGUUGCUGAAAGGACAAAUCUAAUAUUAGAUCAAUGGAAAAAGAAAGCUACUUUAUACAAGACGAAUGUCUUGUUGGUUCCACUGGGUGAUGAUUUUCGCUAUCUUCAGCCUGAUGAGUUUGAUCAUCAGUUUGGAAACUAUGAAAAAAUAUUUAAUUAUCUAUCAACACAUCCUGAGUUAGGAGCACAGGGCCAGUUUGGUACUUUAAGUGACUAUUUUAAUGCCCUGUAUAGCUCUACAAACACUGUUCCUGGCAAUGCUCCACCAGAUAUUCAGAGCUUAAGUGGGGACUUUUUCUCUUAUGCUGACAGAGAUGAUCAUUAUUGGACAGGUUAUUACACCUCUCGCCCUCUUCAGAAAAAUCUGGAUAGGGUGUUAGAACAUAACCUUAGGUCAGCUGAAAUUAUCUUUAGUUUGACCCAAGUCAAAGCUAAAAGAAAUUCGGCUGCCAACUUUCCAAGUACACAGUUCAUGCAGAAGCUGGUAGAAGCAAGACGAGCUCUGGCUCUGUUCCAGCAUCAUGAUGCCAUCACAGGGACGGCUAAAGAUAAUGUUGUUGUUGACUAUGGUGAAAGAUUACUUAAAGCUUUAGAAAACACAAAAAUAAUCAUCACAGAGUGUAGCACAUUUCUCUCAAUGCAAACAAAAACAGAUUACUCUUGGACUGAAGGAAAACCUUUAUUUAAUAUGGAUGAACUGAGAAUAAGCCAUGACAGUCUAGCCACUAAACCAACUUUGGAGCUGUCUGACCAACCCAAAUCUUUUCUGCUGUACAAUUCUCUAGCACAGUCUAGAGUGGAGCUGGUUGAGCUCUGGACAUCAUGGCCCUAUGUAGAGAUCACUAACUCAGCUGGACAAGCUAUUCAUUCUCAAGUCCAGCCUCACUGGUCAGACAUUGGAGUCAUAUCUACAAAGUUGUUUAAGGUAUCAUUCCUUGCUGAUAUGAAGGGACUGAGUGUCCAAAAGUUUGUUAUUAAAAAGGUUGAAAAUGGGAUGGAUACAAAAAACCAUAUUUCAUCAGUGACAAUUCUAAAUCCAGAGAGAGCAUUUGAUGUCAAACGGGGACCAUUUACAGUUGAAACUGUGAAAGAUCAAAAAGAUUUCACUCUGGAGACCAAAUUUUUAUCCUGUGUUUUCACUGGCGCUACAGGACUUUUAAAGACUUGUAAAGAUGUUAUGACAGGAAAUGCUUACAAGUCAGAACUAGAGUUUAUACAGUAUGGCACUAGGCUUGCUAAUGACAAGUCUGGGGCUUACCUCUUUUUACCUGAUGGAGAUGCCAAGCCUCUGCUUACAUCUGGACCAGUUCUGAUUCGGGUGAUUAGAGGAACUCUUAUAUCUGAAGUUCAUGUAAUCACACAAUAUAUUCAGCAUGUGAUUAAGUUGCAUAAUUCCCCAGGUACUGAUGGCAUGGCAGUAAACAUGUACAACAUCGUUGAUAUCAGAAACUCACACAAUAAAGAGGUGGGGGUCAGAAUACAUACAGAUGUGGAGAAUCAAGAGCAAACCUUUUAUUCAGACCUCAAUGGCUUUCAGAUGCAGAAACGUAAAUAUUACCAGAAGUUAACCCUCCAAGGUAAUGUGUACCCUAUGCCAACAAUGGCUUAUUUACAAGACAGCAGGAAAAGAGUUAGCAUUCUGUCAGCUCAGUCUUCUGGUGUUGCCAACUUAUUGCCUGGUGCACUGGAUGUAAUGUUUGACAGGAGGCUGAACCAAGAUGACAACAGGGGAUUGGGCCAGGGAGUGCUGGACAACAAACCAACUUUAAACCAGUUUAGAAUUUUAUUUGAAACAAGGACAUCCAAACUUGAAUCAGUUGUUAGAGAAUCCUCAUUCCCCUCCCUGUUGGGUCAGCUGUCAUCACUGUCACUGAUCCACCCUGUGUUUGUCAUGCCUAGAAGUUUUCAUGGGAAAGAGCCAAACAUGAACAGUGAAGUUUUACUUCUACAAGAAUCCUUAUCCUGUGAACUUCAUAUGUUAAAUCUUAGGAUAUUUCAAAACAGUGAUGAUAUCAAAGAGCUCCAGUUUGUUCCUAGAGAAACAAGUAUGCUGUUACUUCGCCAUCUGCCUAGUGACUGUAGUUUCCCCAACCUAGGAAUUUCUUGUAAACCCGGAGAUGGAAAGAUUUCUCCCAGUAAGAUAUUUGCUGAUGUGCAGAUCAAGAAAAGUGUUUUGACCAGCCUUACAGCAAAUCAUCAGCUUGAAGUCCUGGAACCCAGUUCUUUACUAACUGUGCCUCAGAUGGAAAUCAGAGCCCUACAAGUUGACAUGUCCUAGUGAUACUCCACCCUUACAUUUGUCUACUAGCUCAACUCUAAAUAUAGAAUUUAAUCAUUUUAAAGUAACUAUGAAUUACUUACUAGCCUACAGUUUUUAAAAUGCACCAUUAUUCCAGGACCUGUAAGUAACAGUAAUUAGCAUACAGUGAAUUAUAAUUGGGUUGACUUAAUGACUUUAAAAUGUGCUGGCUUUAUUAGUUUAACUGUGGAUUCUAUUCAUGGCACCUUCCUAGUGUUGUGAAAAAAACAUCAGUUUUUCAGUCAAAUAAUGCAAUGAUUAGAAACUCUCGUAUAAUGCUCAAUCAUGGGUAGGGUUUUUUUUUAUAUAACAUUUUUAACUGUCAACAUUAUGAAACAAUAAUUGUUUUUUUAUCAAAUGUUGGGUGUAAUAUUUAUACCUUAGUAAAAUUGAGGAAGUAUGUUGAUUCAGUAUUUGGUAUAAUUUGCAGUGUUGCUGUACAGUUUGCUCAUAUUUGAAACUGUUGGAUAUUCUAUUUACAGAGCUGAGUAUUCUUGCUGAUCUAGUGUGAAAGCUCUUAACAUACAAUUAUUUUAGAAAUGUGCGAAAAAGAAUGGCAGAAAAAAAUAAUUUAUUUAAACAUUUAUUUUUUAAUGCAUUAGUAUGCAUGUCUAUGUAAAUAUUUACAAGCCAUUUGAAAAAGGGUGUGGUUAAUUUAUUUAUAACUUUAUCUUACAAUGAGUAUUUGAAGAGCUGGACUAUAAUAAUCUCUUCAGGAUUAUUUUGUCUAGUUAAGUCUCUGUUUCUUGUUCUGUAAUCAAGGUUAAACUACUUAACCAUCCAGUAGCUUUAAAAAAAUGACACAAAAUGUAUUGCUAUAAGCUGUUGGCCCGUCUCAUUGUUAAUCUGCUUUUACUAUUUCUUUGUUCUUUGAAAUUGUAUAUUUUUCUAAUAAAACUGUAGCAUUAGCAAAUGGGUCUAAAAUAAGUAUCAAUUUUUUCUUAAAUCAUGAUCCUUCAGUCCUUAAAAUUGUUGAUAAAACUUGUGAAUUAUAGAAACUGCCUUGUUUCAUUCCAUCCAAGUGUCAUUUGCCUAUCUCUCUGUACUAGAUUGCAUACAUGUCUCUAAUCUUGUAUUAGUAAUGUGAUAUAUCCCAUUUUCUUAAUUUUUAUUAAGAUUUUUGACUAUAAACUAUAAAUAAAUUAUCUUUUGUAUGUUUAAUGUAUUAAUAUUAUUCUAUGUCUAUUUUGUGUUUCUAACAUUGACUUGUUGCAUGUGUAUUUAAUGAUGAAAAUAAAUUUCAGAUUCUGAAUUAAAGCAUAAAUAACUAUUUUAAUCAAUGAUUUAAUUCAUGUCUUAUUGUCUAACCACCUAAAAAACAAACAUUCCAUUGUUUUAUCUAAAUGAAAUGCACUUUUUAUUUUAGUCAAACUUGAAAAUAUUCAAUUUCUUUCUUGUUAGUUUUAAGCCAUGUUUGAACUUGACCUUUUUUUUUAAUAAAGAGCCUUUAAUAUUGCUACAUCAUUGUGUGAUAUGUCAAUUUAAUGUUUUUGUUUUAAGAAUCAUUUUUUUCAAUUACAUGUUAAAUCACUUGUUUGAUUUUAUUUAAUGCAUAAUUAGCACAAUUUUUAAAUUGAUUUUUUUCAAUCUUGUUGAAUUCCAUAUUUGAACAUAUGAUAAAUCAAGUUUUUUUAAAAGUAAGGUAAAUAUUUUUUAAUUCAAGUAGUCAAAAAUUAAAAAAUUUAAAUAGUAUUUUGACAUUUCUUAGUUAAUAAACUGCCUCAUGGAAUGUUUCAAGCUAAGCAAAAUUAUUCACCUUCUUGCCAUUUUUCUAAUCUGUCUUUCUUUAUUUACAACACUGUUAACAAAAAUUUAAUGAAUAUUAAAUUUUAA